GCGCUCAGUCUAGCUUCGAGUCGCAGCAUGCGCCGACCUGACGACCGCGUUUCCGAUUCUCAACGAGUGCGAGUCGCAGGGGCAACGAGUUAGUUCUUCACCACGCAGUGACACGCUUAUCGCGAGAACCGCACCGCUCAAUGACGAGUGAAGAGAGCAAAAUGGGCAAAAUUCAUUUGACGUGGCCGAGUGCGUGUCCGUCGUUCUGUCUGAGUCUGGCCGAGGCGGGUGCGCCCCCGUGGGGGCUGACCGACCGACUUUCUGCCGCCUGGGGGACAGUGAAGGCCGCCAUGCCGAGCGGAAGCGGAGGAAACCCCCUGAAGAGGGGCGGCUGGUGCGGCUGCCUGAAGAGCGCCGAGCCGCCCGAAAUCACUUACUGCGUGGUCGACCAGGCCGGGACACUGUCCAUUCAGGCCCUCACACCCACGCAGCCCAUGCCAGAGGAGGAAGAGCUCAACGCCAAGUUUGCAGAACUUGUUGAAGAGCUAGAUCUAACGGCUCCUAAUAAAGCGGCGAUGCUGAGUCUGCCGCUAGAGAAGAAGUGGCAAAUUUACUGCAGCCGCAAAAAAGAUGAAGAGGGAGAAACUGACCUAAACCAACCUCCAGAGCACUACAUUGAGCGGGCUAGAGCGCUCAGUCAGUUAACAUUCCCGAGUGACGAAGAAGAGCUGAGGGCACGGACGAGACAGAUGGACGCGUUGAGGACUGCCCUGAGAACGCAGCCUCACAGCUUCGUCCUCAAGUUCGUCGAGCAGGGUGGUCUGGAGGCGCUGCUUGACUUCCUCAGCAAUUUAGACCAUGAGACUGCACAAAGCGCGCUCCACACCGCGCUCAUCGGAUGCUUGAAAGCGUUGAUGAACAAUUCCAAUGGACGAGCACACGUUCUGGCUCAUCCAACCGGCAUUUCGACCGUGGCCCGCAGUUUGCGGUGCGAAAACAUCAAAACGAAGGUGGCCGCCCUGGAGAUUUUAGGCGCAGUAUGUUUGGUCCCUGGAGGGCACAAAAAGGCCCUGGCCGCCAUGGCAAACUAUCAGGAAUAUGCUGGGGAGAGGACCAGGUUUCAAGGUUUGGUCAAUGACCUGGACAGGAGUUUUAGCACCAUAUCACAGUACAUGGACGAGGUCAACCUGAAGACAGCCAUCAUGUCCUUUGUCAACGCCGUUCUCAACUAUGGCCCAGGUCAGGACAGCCUUGAGUUCAGGCUGCACCUGAGAUAUGAGCUGCUUCUUCUUGGUAUCCAGCCUGCUAUGGACAGACUGAGAAGAUUAGAAAACGAGAAUUUGGACAGGCACUUGGAUUUCUUUGAGAUGGUCAGAAAUGAAGAUGAGAAGGAGCUGGCUCGCAAAUUCGAGCAGGAGCACAUUGACACGAAAAGUGCUACUGCCAUGUUUGACUUGCUCAGGAGAAAAUUGAGCCACACUGCUGCUUAUCCACACCUUUUGUCACUUCUGCACCACUGCCUAAUACUGCCAUUGGACUAUGGAGGUGCUCCCCAGCACUGGCUUCUUUUUGACCGACUCGUCCAGCAAGUCACUGUACAAAAUGAAAAAUGCGAAGACCCGGAUGUGUCUCCCUUGAACAUAAAUGUUAAGGAAAUUGUCCAAUUGCUUGCAACUGAGGAAGAAUUGCGGGCUGCUCGUACCAAGGCUGAAGAUUUGGAAAAGGAAAACACCGAAAUGGCCACAAAAAUGGCUAAAAAGGAACAAGAGUUGGACCAGCUAUGUCUUGAAAAGGAGGACCUCGAAGCAGGCUUGAGCAGGGUUCGAGAGCGUCUGGAGCGGGAAACGUCAAACCACGAGCUGACCAAGCAGCGGUUCUUGGAGCUGGAGCAGCAGGUGGCCGAGCUGGGCCAGCAAAUCAGCUCGGAGAGAGGCGAGCGGCACCGUCUCGAGCGUCUAGUCAACACCGGCAGUCUUCCAGACGAUGCCAAAGUCAACCUCAAUACUUUGCAGUCGCCAGCGCCACCUCCGCCGCCUGCACCGGCCCCGCCUCCGAUGGCGCCAGGCCCACCACCCCCGCCACCUCCAGGCUUGCCAGGCUGUCCUCCGCCACCGCCAAUGUCUGCAGUGCCUGGACCGCCGAAGCCGCCGAUGGAGCCCCUGCACAAGAAGAUGAAUAUUCCUCAGCCGUCGCAGCCGCUCAAGUCGUUUAACUGGGCUAAACUGCCCGAGACCAAGCUGAAUGGCACCGUCUGGGCCGAGCUGGAAGACCCAAGCAAGCUGUACUCUCACAUGGGGCUUGAAAGCAUCGACAAGCUGUUCUGCGCCUACCAAAAGAAUGGAGUCAAUAAUGAUGGUUCUAAUGAAGAUCUGCGACAAACCGGAAACAGAAAGCAGACCAAAACCUUAUCUGUGAUUGAUGGCAGGAGGGCCCAGAACUGUACUAUUCUGCUCUCAAAAUUGAAAAUGUCUGAUGAAGAAAUUACAAAGAGCAUUUUGAGCAUGGAUAGAGGAGAGCAGCUUCCUGUGGACAUGGUAGAACAACUGCUUAAGUUCACUCCCAGUGCAGAAGAGUGCGCCCUUCUGGAGGAGCACAGCGAUGAUGCUGACAGUCUAGCCAGAGCCGACAGAUUCCUUUAUGAAAUCUCAAGAAUUCCUCACUAUGAGCAGCGGUUACGUAGUUUGCAUUUCAAGAAAAAGUUUGGCCCACUGGUCACGGAAGUAGCUGCCAGGGUGAAAUCCGUGCUGGAGGCGUCGCGUGAGGUUCAGCGCAGCAGGCGGCUGAGAAAGCUGCUGGAGCUGGUGCUCGCGCUGGGCAACUACAUGAACAGAGGCGCCCGGGGCAACGCUUCUGGCUUCAGACUGGGAAGCCUCAACAGGCUGGCAGACACGAGAGCCUCGUUGCCAGCCCGGCCUACCACCACCUUGCUUCACUAUUUGGUGGAAGUGAUUGAAAUGAAGUUCAAGGACGUUCUCAAAUUGGAAGAUGACCUUCCUCAUGUGAAAGAGGCAUCAAAAAUCAACAUGGGUGAACUCGAUAAGGAAAUGAACUAUUUGAGAAAGGGAAUGAAGGAGGUGUCCCAAGAAAUCGAGUUCCACAGAACGCAGCCAGUCGUCAAUGGAGACAGGUUUUUGCCCGUGAUGAAGGAAUUCUUGUCUCACGCCACCACAAAGUUUUCAGAGUUGGAAGAUUUGUUCCAAGACAUGAAGACGAGAUUUGAGAGGGUUGUGCGUCUGUUUGGCGAGGAGCCAAACUCGACACAGCUCGACGAGUUCUUCAGCAACUUUGAGCAGUUCCUUGUUGCGCUGUCAGAUGCGCGAAUGGACAAUGAGAACAACAGAAGGAAAAGAGAGGAGGAUGAGAAGAGAGCCAAACAAGAAGCUGAGUUGAAAAAGAGGACCAUGGAGAGAAAACAAAGCAGGGAAGGCGUCCUAAGCGGACUGAAGUCGAACGGCGUGUCAAAGAGCAAAGACUCCCCGACCAAAGGCAAAGGCGAAUUUGACGAUUUGAUUUCGGCACUGCGCACAGGAGACGUGUUUGGCGAGGAUGUGGCCAAAUUCAAACGCAGCAGGAGGAGAAUGGCCAAUGGCACCAACGGCCACUCGCCCCCAAGGAACAACGAGGACUCCACAGGCCGGGAGAGGAUCAUCAACAACAGCAACAGACUUGUACAGUAGUUGGUUAGUAAAUAGCUCGAGUUAUUUGUACACCACCAGACCAGACAUAAUGUGUAUUCCUUUUUGUAUAAAUGUUUAGAGCUGCCAAUCGAGCAGGGAAAGAGUGAACGAGAAAAAUUGACGUGUUUCUCACCAUAUCCUAUCGACAACUGCUCUUUUUGUACAAUGUAUACAUUUCUCUGUAAAUUUCUCACGCAAUGACGGAGGUUUUGGACGGACCACAGUGUAAUCAUAUCAUGUUGAAAGAGCAGUGUAACCAGAAAAUAAUCGUCUGCAUUUAAAUUUCCUUGUAAUUUAUACCAAAUGUUAAUCUCCUGAACGGAGCAAAGGAAAGUUCAUGAAUGCAGAUGACGCAUUUUUUGGAGCUCUUUCAAUGUGGUUCUGUAGUAAAUGAAAAAUAUGCUUAUUAUCUGUUGAUGUUCAAAAUUUUCACGAAAAAUCUGGCUGAAAAUUGUUAAAUGAAAAAUGUGGCCAAGACUGAAGUGAUAUUGGAAGGUUUGUAGCGGAGGCAGUCAUUUGAUAUAGGUGCGCAUACCUAAAAUGAAAAUUUUAGAAACAUUUGACAUGCAGAAUAGAAGUUGCUUCAAAAGCACUUUAUAGUUAUUCAAAUACAGAAAUUGGAUGGACUCUUGUUUGCCAAAAUUAACCGGCUCUAAUCUAAGAAUCAAUUCUUGUUCUUCUCUUGUUAUCAACACACAUAGUUAUAUGCAUUUUUAUAAGGAUGCAUCCAAUAGUUCAAUGUUUUUAGCGCGUUAGAUUGCUUAUCAAUUAUCACAACACUAUUCGUGAGGUCCAUUGAUGUAAGGUGUAAAAGCUCCGUAGUUGAAUGGAAUAAACUGGUAGCAACAGGAUAUUUGUAUUUUUAAAAACAAGCAGUGCAUUUUGAUUUUAACUUAUUUUCUAUACUAAUCUCAUACAGUGCGUUUGAUCGGAGGGUACAAUUUAAUUGUAAAAGUGCGCGCAUUUUCAUGAAAGCCAACCGACAUAAAUAGUUGUGAAGGUACACUGGAAAAGGUCUAACAGAUGCAACAAGAUUAAUGUUAAGUGCAAAGAGAGCGUCAAAACUCUUCCAGCAUUUGUGUAUCUGUAUGAUAUGCUUUUUGUAUUUUUGUACAUAGGUUAGCAACUUAUUUAGUUCUGCAUUAAUAAAAACAUGCAAGUUCAAACAGGAAA